GUGAUGAGGCUCUGCUUGUCAGUCAGACUUUGAACUGAGCACUGGCGCUCAUCGCCGUUAAAUCUCUGACACCUUCAUCACCGAACCGCUCAGAGAUAAAUCUAUAUAUAUUUAUAUAUAUAUAUAGGGAUUAGGAUGAACAGUUACUGAGGAAGGCGGAAAAAAACAACAACCCCGAGGACAGCGACGUAGGGACCGAGAGGAGAUUAAACGUUAGCUAACGACGUUUAACGUUCACGUUACUCGGGGAGUUGCGAUGGUCCAGUCAAGGGAUAUUUUUCUAGCCUUGCUUCUUGUGGGCUGUGCAGUGUCCCUGGAGGUGCAGAUCACUCCGGGUUAUGGUGAAAUUAGUCUUGGAGAGUCGAAAUUCUUCAUGUGUGAAGUUGUGGGCGUCGCCAAGCACAUAGACUGGUUUGGACCAAGCGGGGACAGGAUAGAACCGAACAGACCAGACGUAACAGUAACCCGUAACGAUGAGUCAUCCUCCACUCUCACGCUGUAUAAAGCUGGGACCGACAAUGCUGGGACAUACAAGUGUGUCGCUACCAAUAAAGACCAGCAAGCAGAGUCAACAGUCGUAGUGAAAAUCUUCCAAAAAAUCACCUUCACGAAUGCACCCUCACCCCAAGAAUUUACCGAAGGGGACAACGCCAACAUUAUAUGCGAUGUUGUCAGCUCACCUCCACCCACGGUUAUUUGGAAAUAUAAAGGUUCAAAAAUUCAGAUGGAAAAAGACGUCCGGUUCAAAAUACUGAACAACAAUCACCUUCAAAUCCGUGGCAUAAAGAAGACGGACGAGGGCCUGUAUACCUGUGAGGGUCGCCUCAUGGCCCGCGGCGAGAUUGAUCUGCGUGUCAUAAAGGUCGUCGUGAAUGUGCUCCCAACCAUCAGGAUAUGGCAGUCAGAGGUAAACGCCACGGCCGAUAUCGGGCAGCCUGCCAUUCUGACUUGUGCUGUUGAUGGCUAUCCUGAACCCAUGGUGACCUGGACAAGGAAUGAAGUGGACCUCGAGGCAGGAGACAAGUACAGCUUUAAUGAAGAUGGCUCCGAGAUGACCAUAAUGGACGUUAACAAGCUGGACGAAGGAGAGUAUACCUGCAUCGCCAAGAACAAGGCUGGGGAGAGCGCACAGGAGCUCAGUCUGAGAGUGUUCGUAAAACCGAAGAUCACAUACAUCGUAAACCAGAGCGCUUCAGAGAUGGAGGAGCAGGUAACUCUGACUUGCGAGGCAUCGGGAGAUCCAACUCCCACCAUCAGCUGGAGCUACGGUGGGCGUGUCUUCGCAGGAGACCAGGCACAUCUAAACAGGAUCUAUCAGGCUUCAUGGACUCGGCCCGAGCAACACAAGAGCCUGGAUGGAAAUGUAGUGGUGAGGAGUGAUGCUCGUGUGUCCUCGCUCACUCUGAAGUAUGUCAAGUAUACAGACGCUGGUCAGUACCUCUGCUCAGCACGCAGCGCCAUCGGAGAGGACGAUCAAGCAGCACACCUGGAGGUCCGCUACACCCCUAAGAUCAACGGCACAGUAGCGGUGUAUACCUGGGAGGGAAAUCCUGUCAAUGUCAGCUGUGAGGUCAAGGCUCAUCCCAGUGACGUGUCUAUUGUGUGGCUGAGAGAUGGACUCCAGCUGCCCAACUCAAAUACCACCAACAUAAAGAUCUAUAGAAGUCCCUUAGCCAGCUACAUGCAGAUAACCCCGGAGUCUGGAAAUGACUUUGGGAGCUAUAACUGCACCGCCUCAAAUGAGAUGGGCACAGAGUCCAAGGAGUUCCUGCUCAUUCAGGCCGAGGUCCCAUCUCCUCCGUCCAUUGAUGAGGUGAAGCCCUUCUCCACCACGGCUCAGAUCGUGUUUGAGGAGCCUGAAUCCUCUGGAGGCGUCGCUGUCCUGAAGUACAGAGCUGAGUGGAGGAUGCAGGGCAGGGGCAGCUGGUUUCAGACACUCUACGAGGUCCAAGACGGCUCCGUCGGCGAGGUGACGAUCACAGGUCUGAAGCCGGAGACCAGCUACGAGGUCAAGUUGUCGGCCAUCAACGGCAAAGGGGAGGGAGAAAGCAGCGCCGCCGAGUUCUUUAAGACGGAGCCUGUUCGCCACUCUCAUAAAAACGGCAUGUUUCAUUUUUUCACUGAAGACACAGAAGGGAAUCCCAAUCCUCCUAAACUCGAGGGGUCGCUUCAACCUAAAGGCAACUCCCUGAAAGUCAGCUGGAUCAAGCAGGACGACGGCGGAUCCCCCAUCAUACAUUAUCUUGUCCGCUAUAAGCCAACACAGGCUUCAGACUGGAAGCCAGAAAUCCGGCUACCCAGCAGCAGCGACUACGUGGUCCUGAGCGGGCUGGAGUGGGACACCGAGUACAAUGUCCUCGUGGUGGCGGAGAACCAGAAGGGCAAGUCGUCGCCGGCGACCAUGUCCUUCAAGACGUCCUCGGAGCCAGAAGCAAUCCCAGAUUUGGGUGAUGAGGCCGCGCUCUCCAUGGGCAUCAUGCUCUGGGCAGGGAUCCUGGUUGUAGUGUUCGUGCUCCUGCUCCUGGCCGUGGAUGUCACCUGCUACUUUGUCAACAAGUGCGGCCUCAUCAUGUGCCUCUGCGGCAAAUCGGGCACAGGAACCAAAGGACACGUGGAGGAGGGCAAGGCAGCGUUUGUGAAGGACGAGUCCAAAAAGCCCAUAGUGGACGUCAGGACGGAGGACGAGACCGCAGCCAAUCAUCACACGGCAGGGCCGACAGAACCCAACGAAACUACGCCUCUCACGGAGCCAGAGCUGGCGGCUUACACUGCUGCUCUGGCUCUGGACACCCUCUCCUCCGUAGCCACCAACUCUGACACAGCCACUGCGACAAUUGACCCCGCUCAGGACAGCCCCUCUAGCGAGACCACUACCCUCACUUGCAGCCUGUCCACCCCGGCCAACGAACCCUCGCCCGCCCCCGUCCCGGCUCCGGCCCCGACCCCAGAGUCGAACGCGGCCCCGCCGACUCCCGUCAUCUCCACGGCUGCCGUCGAAGCUAAAAUGGCGCCGUUAAUAGAGCAGAGAAGAAGUAACACCCCAGAACAUGAGAAAAAAAACCCUCCUCCUCCUCCUCCUCCUCCUUCUUCUUCUUCUUCUUCUUCUACCCCCGAACAGACUAAACCUCAAAAAUCUGGGACACCGAUACCACCAAAGCGUAGACACUCUCCUAAACUCGCUGCUCUAAAUGCUAAAAGUAGCCCUCCUGUUUCCCCGCUUGCCACAUCCUCCCCAUCAUCCUCCCCCACCGUAGGCACCAAGAAGCUUGCUCCGAGCCCACCGGUCACCAAGCUGCCCACUCACACCGCAGCACCAGCACAAACCGCCUCCGCUCUAGCAACUACUGCCCCUCCAAAGCCUGACCCCGAUCCUCACGGGUUUAGCUUCCCUGCCUUUGACAUAGACAAACGUGUAGGCCAAGCUGCUCCUACCGCAAAGCCUGGGUCUCCUUUACCCGUUACCUCCCUCUGUUCCGCCCCCGCCUCACACGACUUCCUCUCAUCAGACUAUUAUGACAUGCUCGCCCCUGACGCAAGGCUCAAAAAUGCAGAUUUAGAUUUCGAGCUGACAAACGGGACACGGAGACCCUCCCACCCGGCAGACUCCGCAGACCUCAUUAGCAUAGUCAGCCCGGCCGCUGCCCCCGCUCUGCCCAAUGGAGACGGAGCGCACCGCCCCCCCUCAGGCCCAGAUCCGGAGGCGUCAAAGAAUCUGGCCAAGACCGCUCCUCCUGUCAACGAUGAGUGAUGUGACGAGUUUCCAGGAGGAACACAGAUACAACAUGAAGAUUUUUCCCGAUGAGAAAGCCCAACUGGGCGGGGGAGACUCGACCCUGAUCGCUGCAGAACACAACAGUGUCGCACAGACAAAUGCCACCGAGAGCAAAGCAUGAUGGGCCAGAGAAACCUCGGCCCAAAUGUCCAAAACAUUUCGCAGCAGCGAGCGAGAGAACAGGAGUUUUGAUUUCCAGUGCCCUUAACGACACAUUCAGAAACAACACACGUUGGUUAGAGCGCACUUCGCCUGUGCUUUCAUUUCCGGUCUCAUUCAUGAAAUGUUUACUACACCCGAGGAUUCAUCUUAAGGUCAUCAGAGAUUUAUUUUAUUUUUUUAUUCUUAUUUUAUUUAACCAGUCAGGAACGAUUAAGAAAGUCUCUAAAUAAAACGAUUGCUUGAUAAAUAUAUGAAAUUACACUUUCUUUCUAUAGUUUGAACUGUAAUGGAUUAUUAUGAGAAAUGUAAAAAAAAAAAAAAAAAAAGGAAAAAAAAAAGGUGACUAUAUAUAGAAAUUAUUUUUCUUAUUUUCAUGUUCAAAUGUAAAACCGUUUGCAUAUUUUAAGUUAGAUUUAUUUUUUAUUUUUCUGUGGGCUAGUCUCAUUCAAUAGCUUGUUCUGCAUGUCCGACCUGCAAGUGGUUGUAAAGUUUUUGUUUACAAGGUUUACUGUUGCACUCUUGUCUGUUGCAGGGAAGUUUCACGCUGGCGUUGAUUAAACACAGGCCCGAGUUCAGUGUUCAGAUUAGAACCGUAUCUGUCAUGGUUACAGAAAUACAGGAUUAACCCACAGCCAGCUGUGCAGGGGGAGAGAGAAGCGGAUGGUGAAACCGUUUUUUUGGAUCAAAGUUCAUUCAGUCUGUCACUGCCUUACUGUAAAGCUCCAAAAAUACUCAAUCCAAAAAAUGGAUUUGAUUAGAAGAGGAACAGAAAGACUGAUAUUACCACGCGAAUGUCUCAUGAUCUGGAGCUAAAUAUAAACCACGUGCUUGUUUUGAUGAUGAUGAUGAUGAUGAUGAUAGUGGGGAGGGGGGGGCAACAACUAUGAUCAUUUACUCCUCACAUUUCGGAUCAAAGGUCUGGCUUCAUAGUUUGUGCGUUUGAAGUGAAAAGUAAAAAAAAAAAAAAUCUAAAUGAAAACUCUAAAAAGCAUUUCUUUUGUACUAUUUAAAAACUACAAAGGUUUCUUUUCCAUUCCUGCCUGCGAGCUUGUGCACUGUGCCUGUGUGUCGAUAGAUCGUCUCGUCAUCAGUUCCUAUGAUAAUCUGCAUAGCUUUGUCGUGAGAGAUUUAGCCUUUUUUAUUUUAUUUGAUGUAUUACUAGAAGAAAAGUACGAUAAAUGGACUAAUGUGGUCAUUAUAACACGUGUAGUGUAUAAAACUGUCCCGUCUCUGGUCACAGCACUAUAUUAUUGCCAGCUAUAGUGGAGGGGAGGGUGUUUUGAGCCUUGGCAUGAACUCAGUACUUCAGAUAAGACGUGCCCUGUGUUUUUGUAUGAUAGGGGGGCAAAUAGUUCUCAUGUUGAUUCAGUGAGUGUUAACCUGCGGGGGCUUGUUCUGGCGUCAUUACACAUUGUUUUUAUUUCUCUCCCCCAGUUGUUAUUCAAGUGUUCUGUAAUGUGGAUUUCUUUUCUAAGUUUGUGUCUUUUUGUACAAAACUCACUCACCAAGAGCGACUGCUUGACUGACUUCAGGAGGCCAUAGGCAGGAAGCAGGGUGGUCCACCUGUAACCCAAGAGCUAACUCUUUUUUUUUUAUUACCAUUAUUAUUUUAUUUAAAUAAGCUUUAGAUUAUAGAUGUAACCUCAAAAGAACUGAAUACAUUAUUAUUCUCCUUGAACUCCACCGGACCACCUUGCUCCCUCGUCUCUGGAAGCUCCUUUUGGUUUUAUUGGGUCAAACUCAGAAAAUAUCUGCUGUGUACAGUCUGAGUGCUAACCCAUUUACAAAAUAAAAAGUGGUUUCCGAACCUAA